GGAGUCGGUGCCGGAGCACCGCUUGGUGUUGACGGCGAGUGACGGGGGCAGGCCGGCGCUGACGGGCACGGUGCAGCUGGUGAUCUCGGUGCUGGAUGCGAACGACAACGCGCCGCAGUUCAACCAGUCGGUGUAUAAAGUGCAGCUGCCGGAGGACGCGGCGGAGGGCACGCUGGUGGCGCGGGUGGCAGCCACGGACCCGGACGAGGGAAUUAAUCAGGAGUUUUCCUACAGCAUCGUCAGUUCUGUUCCUGCGUCUCAGAGAGAUGCAUUCAACAUUGAUCCGCGGACGGGAGAGAUUAGACUCGCGGGUCUCUUAGAUUUUGAAGACGUCCGGCAACACGAGUUGCAAAUCGAGGCGAGAGAUAAGGGGAUACUUCCGUUGUCGGGCCACUGCAGCGUCAUUUUGGAGGUGCUGGAC